UCCCUCCUCCUUCUUCAUAUUCAGAACUAAAAAGUGGAGGUUUUGUUUUUUUGUUGGGUUUUGGUGUAGUGCCGCCUCCACACACCAUUUCCAAGCUCUGUGACGCUUCUCCGAAUCCCCAUUCGCAGAUUCUCAGACUACACCAUGAACAUCUUCAAAAAGAAAACUUCCCCCAAAGAGGCUCUCCGGACAAGCAAAAGAGAAAUGGCUGUAGCCACUAGAGGUAUUGAACGUGAGAUUGGAUCUCUUCAGUUGGAGGAGAAGAAAUUGGUUGCCGAGAUCAAGAAAACUGCAAAAACUGGAAAUGAGGCUGCCACUAAAAUCUUAGCUCGUCAACUUGUUCGGCUACGUCAACAAAUAACUAACUUGCAAGGAAGUCGUGCUCAGAUAAGGGGUGUAACAACUCAUACGCAGGCAUUGUAUGCCAGCACAUCAAUUUCUACAGGAAUGAAAGGUGCAACAAAAGCAAUGGUCGCCAUGAACAAGCAAAUGGAACCUGCAAAACAAGCUAAAGUGAUCAGGGAAUUCCAGAAGCAGUCAGCUCAAAUGGACAUGACGAUUGAAAUGAUGUCAGAGGCUAUUGACGAAACCUUGGACAAAGAUGAGGCUGAAGAAGAAACGGAGGAGCUCACUAAUCAGGUGCUAGAUGAGAUUGGGGUGGACAUUGCAUCUCAGUUAUCUUCAGCUCCAAAAGGCAGGAUUGCAUCUAGGAAUGCUGAAAAUGGUCCAUCAAGAAAUACUGCAAAUGUUGUUACUAGUUCUGAUACUCCUGGUGUAGAGGAUCUUGAAAAAAGGUUAGCCUCUCUACGACGCAUAUGAUCGGCGAAGCAUGACACCGUGAGCCUCACGCUAUUGAAGUACAGUUUUUUCUUUUAAAUGUAAAUUUAGUUAAAUAACAAAAACAAACAUAUAGAAGUAUGGCACUAGUUGUGGUGGAUUGAUAAUAUGCUAUGUUGUGUUUUUCUGUUUGUCAAAUUCUAGUGUGACCAAUGUUUUACAGAAAAAAGUAGUUCCCAUCCGAAUAGUAACAGAAAUCCUUGUAUUUUCUUGUUUAGCCAGGAGUAACAUGAAUAUGUAGCUGGCACAAUUAGACGGUUCGUUUCAUA